UUUAAUCGUAACAGAAUCGUUUUAAUUAACAAAAGGAACUUCCUAGUGAUAGUUAAUAAUUAUAUUUGCACGUAAAAAUGAUUGAAAAUGGAAAUACGACAUUUUUACAUUUAUAUUUUUAGUUUUGUUCUAAUAAAAACAUAUCUCGAAGCCAAACCUGUUUCACUAAACGACAUCAUAGCGGCAGAAGAGCAAGCCGCUCUUUCUACUACCAGCAAAUCAGCAAAACGCAAAACUUUAACAGGUACUCAUAUACAAACUCAAACAAAGAAAAGCUCACCAUUGAAAUUCCGACAAACUUUUCAAAUUGAAUCACCGUCGCUACCGAAGAAAUUUAAAACAUCCCAAAAAUCGCGGUAUAAACGAAAAUAUUUGACGAAAAAAAGAGAAAUUAAUGACAAUGACGGAAUUAUACAGAAAUACAUUCCCUUGCUUAAAAAUCUUAGGCUGCUUGUUGAUAACAUUCUUGCUUCAGGGUCAAGCGAAACCUACGAGCCACGAGAAAAAAAGUUUAAAAGAAAUCAUUCUACUGUCAAUGAAAGAGCCAGUGUUGCAUGCACCUGUGAACGUAAAUCCGAUUCAGAUUCCACAUCGCGUCCGCAGGAAAAGACAAUUAAAACUACCACGGCUCUUACCACUGAGAUCCCGAACGAGAUUGUCACCGCUACCAUUGCUACCACCACGCCGGCCUUUACUUCUAUCAAUGAUAACGUCCGCCGUAUCGGAUGGAAUAAGAACGUACCCGUACUAUCUACAAGAAAUUCCACUAGCGUUUGGAGAAACGAUAGUGGAUUCGGUCAGAGACGCAGCUCCUCAUUUAACGGAAGCAUUGAAGGAUAUAUCCCCAGGAAUAAUGGAAAUAAUGAAUGUGAUACCAGAGACGAAACGUGGCCCCAUACAGAAAAUUAUGAAGAAUAUACCAACAGUUAUCCACGAAACGAUGCAGGUCGCGAUGGAUCCAGUGAGCGAGUACACGGAUUCGGAAUCGAGUCCCGAGAUACAGAGCUUAAUAGAGGAACCAGCAAAAUUGAAGAAUCCGCGUUACCGGGAAAUAAAACCUUUGAAGACGAUACAAGAUACCUACUUGAACACAAAAGAGAAAUGGAAUACAAAAUUAGAAGAGACGAAACAGAAAGCUCAAUAUCUAUACCAGAACUUGCUUCAAGAUUACGAGGAUUUGACUCCCAAGAAAAGGUCACGGCAAUUCGAACAACCGAAACUAAUAAAGAAGCCUUCAUACAAAAUAGCACCAGCGAUAAACAAUUCCCUUACAGAAAUGGCCCAUUUACCGCAGAAAAUCAAGAAGUUCGUACAGCACAUAAAGCAAUAGGACCAAAACACAUUUUGCCAAAUUCAACAUAUCCAGUGGGUAAAGUUGUUAUGAUUUUUGAUGGAUACAGUGUUGCAAAAGAUGUUAACGGCGAUAACAAACUGACUGAAAAAGCUAUCCACAUCCAUAAAUCAGGUUCAUAAGUCUCAAUUAUGUUAGUUUAAGAUCUAGUAGUUACCUAGUAGUACUCAAACCAUUCUAGGUAUUGUAAAUUAUAAAUAUGAAGGUAUUUUGAGUUGAUUGGUUUACGUCCAUAAGGUUCUCAAUUGAUAUCGAUAUCGAUUGUAGUAAAUGCUCAAUGUAAAAUGCGAUCUAAGGUACUCAUGGCAUGAGAACAAUUCACAAGAAAUAAACAAAUUAUUUUAUUUAUUUACGAGCUACUUUUUAUACAAACAUAUCAAAAGUCGAUCGUAAAUAAAUAAACCAUACGAACAUCUC